CCGCUGACCGCAGAUUGGCGCAAGUGUUGACACUGCUGACUUGUUUGAUUUUCGCCUGGUCACGUCGAGACGGACGCGUAAAUAAUUUUUCGUAUUUCGGCUGCUAAUCGACGCUUCCGAUACAGUACCUUUUGAGAGAUGAGUUCUAUUGGCACAGGAUACGAUCUGUCCGCCUCGCAAUUUUCGCCAGACGGACGUGUGUUUCAAGUGGAAUACGCUCAGAAAGCUGUGGAAAAUGGAGGGACGGUUAUUGGGUUGCGAGGGAAGGAUGGCGUGGUGUUUGCCGUCGAGAAGAUAGUAACGUCGAAGCUCUAUGAGGCAGGUGCUAAUAAACGGAUAUUUAACAUAGAUCAGCACGUUGGUAUGGCGGUAUCUGGCAUAAUAUCUGACGCGAGACAGAUCGCGGAGACCGCGAGGUCAGAGGCUGCUAGUUACAAGGCACAGUACGGAGUCGGUAUUCCAUUGAAGUAUUUGAACGAAAGAGUAUCCAUGUACAUGCACGCAUACACUUUGUAUUCCGCGGUACGUCCGUACGGUUGUUCCAUCCUGCUCAGUGCUUACGAGACAGACGGUCCAGCGUUGUAUAUGAUCGACCCAUCGGGAGUAUCGUAUGGUUAUUACGGUUGCGCAGUGGGUAAAGCGAAACAGUCAGCAAAGACGGAAAUUGAAAAAUUGAAGUUACCAGAGAUGACGUGUAAAGAUUUGGUUAAGGAAGCUGCGCGUAUCAUUUACCUUGUCCACGACGAGCUAAAGGAUAAACAAUUCGAAUUGGAAAUGAGUUGGGUUGGUACACAUACUAACGGGAGGCACGAACGUGUGCCGGCUGAUCUAAAAACUGAGGCCGAAACGAAGGCACGGCAGGCAAUGGCGGAAGAUUCGGACAGCGAUACCGAGGAUAUGUAAAACGUUUAUGAAUACUGCCGUUAAAAUUCUUUGUAUUGUAAGCGAUAAUAUUAAAUAUAACAUUAAUACACACAAUUA